AUGGCUUUUAUGAUGCCUGUCGUAAAGAACGAGUUCGAAGUUUACCCAAACGGAACAAAAUCGCCACGUAGUCAUAUCAAGAAGCCCGUGAAGAGCUCCCGGAGCGCCCCGGUCACUCCUAGAUUGUCUAUCUCUCCUGGUAGCGACGCAGAAGUUCAUCUGAUCAGAGUUGUUUCAGGCAAAAGCUUUAGUACCGACAGAUCUCGAAGUAGUUCACAUAAUGUUUCCGGAAUUCCAACCCCUAAGUCGGCGUCUCAUUCGUCUCUCCACAAAUUCCACAGCCACUUGGUGGACAAGCUGAGGAAGAGACUACACCUGCAGGACAAUUUGGGGGAUGAGACUUCAAUCUGCGACUCCAGGAAAGAAGAAGACACCGUUACUCAAACCCCCUAG